AUGGUCGCCACCGCCGUCUUCCGCCGAUGUCUCCAACUCAUCGUCUUCGCUGCUGCAGCCGCCUGUUCGCUCGCCAACAGCAACUUCAUCAACAAAACCUGUGAAGUCGCCUACAGCCAAGACUUCUGCUUCUCCAUGCUCAUUUCCGACCGCCGGAGCAUCAACGCCUCCACCGCGCCUGAGCUCGCCUACAUCGCGCUCGACAUCGACGCCACCGCCGACAUUUCCUCCACCGUUGGAGUGUUACAACAGAUUGCCGACAAGAACCAGGGCACGGAUCUGGAGGCGGCGCUGAACCAGUGCAUAAUGAUUUACAACAACGCCGGCGGGGAUCUCGAGGACGCACGCGACGCCGUCGGCAGCAAGGAAUACAGCAAUGCCGAUGCUUUGAUCGACUCUGCCGCCACUUCGCCUGAUGGCUGCCAAAAUAUGUUCGACGAUGUGGAGAUGCCGGCGCCGGUGGCGGAGAAAGGGGAGUGGCUAGGCGAGAGAAUUGACGUCUGCUCUGCCCUUGUGAAGGCGCUGUUUAAUCAAUAG